GGAAAGGCUCGCCCGCCGCCCCGACGUCGUCUCUGCCGGGUACCCGCGCUCGCCUUGCGGAGCCCGCGGGUCUUGCUGAGGAGUGGGGAGAGGAACUGAUGACUCUCAAUGAUGUGGCUGGGGACUUCAGGGAAGAGUGGGUUACCUGGACACUGCUUAGAGAAUCCUCUUCAGGGAUACCACCCAGCUCACUUAGAAGAAUGGGGUCUCAAAGGGAUUUCUAGACCAAGUGUACUCUCCCAGCUGGAACAGAAAGAAGAGCCAUGGGUGCUGCCACGCCAGAAUUUUGAGGCGAGGAAGAUCCUACGGGAAAGUCACACAGACUUUGGGAAUCAUGUGGCAAAACUCAAUUGGGACAUUUCUGAAACAGCAGAACAGUGGGGAACAUCCUCAGAAAGGGCCAAAAAAGAUAUUUCUCAUACUCCUAGUUGGGGAGGAAACUGGGAGAGGGGCCUUGAAUUAGAAGAGCAACAUGGAACCCUUCUAAGAGAGGGCCAUCAAGGUCCCUUUUCACAGGCGAAGGAUUUAAACAAGCUCCUGGAUGGAUAUGUAGGAAAGAAGCCUGUGUGUGAAGAAUGUGGAAAAAGCUUUAACCAGAGUUCCUAUCUCGUGAGACACCUAAGGACUCAUACUGGUGAGAGGCCUUAUAAAUGCAUCGAGUGCGGGAAAGGUUUCAAACAGAGUUCAGACCUUGUCACUCAUCGCAGAACACACACGGGAGAGAAACCCUACCAAUGCAAUGGUUGUGAGAAGAAAUUCAGCGACAGCUCAACGCUCAUCAAACAUCAGAGAACCCAUACAGGUGAGAGACCCUACGAGUGCCCAGAGUGUGGGAAGACAUUUGGGCGGAAGCCACACCUCAUAAUGCACCAAAGAACCCACACAGGAGAGAAGCCCUACACAUGCCUCGAAUGUCAUAAAAGCUUUAGUCGAAGCUCAAAUUUCAUCACUCACCAGAGGACCCACACAGGAGUGAAGCCUUACAGUUGUAAUGACUGUGGGGAGAGUUUUAGCCAGAGCUCGGACUUGAUUAAGCACCAACGAACCCACACAGGAGAACGGCCCUUUAAAUGCCCAGAGUGCGGGAAGGGCUUUAGAGAUAGUUCUCAUUUUGUAGCUCAUAUGAGUACUCACUCAGGAGAAAGGCCUUUCAGUUGUUCUUACUGCCACAAAAGUUUCAGUCAGAGCUCACAUCUGGUCACGCACCAGAGAACACACACAGGGGAGAGGCCUUUUAAGUGCGACAACUGUGGGAAAGGAUUCGCCGACAGCUCUGCCCUCGUUAAGCACCAACGGAUCCACACGGGAGAAAGACCCUAUAAAUGUGGCGAGUGUGGGAAGAGCUUCAAUCAGAGCUCCCACUUCAUUACCCAUCAGCGAAUCCACUUAGAAGACAGACCCUAUCAAUGUCCUGAGUGUGGCAAAACUUUCAAUCAGCGUUCCCAUUUUCUCACACACCAGAGAACACACACAGGAGAAAAACCUUUUCACUGUAGUAAAUGUGACAAGAGCUUCCGUCAGAAGGCACAUCUUUUAUGCCACCAAAACACGCAUUUGAUUUAGGAAAUAGUCUUUGGUGGUUCUGCUGCUCCCUUCCAAAUUUCCAUUGCUAUUGUCUUCAAGUACCCCAAAUAGAGAAACCUGAACCUGGGCAUCAAUGGCUCAAGUUGGGCCCUGAUCUAUUCUCUCUUUUUUUCCAUGUUUUAAUGACGAGGGUAAAUGUAUAGGGUCCAAAUAAUGUUCUGAACACAAAAGGCAUUCCUUCAGUGUUUUUGACUGUCUCUUAGGGAAAUGUGAGUUUAAUGGUUGAUGCCUGGUUCCUAAAAGAGAAAUGAGAUAAAUGUGGCCGAGAGAUCACAUAUAAGCCACCUAGUAAAGUGCCUGCACAAAGUGGGUGCUCAGUACUAAAUGGGCACAUUGUCACUAUUAAUGGUUAAUAUUUGAGAUCUUCUAUAAAGCCCUUAAGAUAGUGCCUGGCCCUUAAAAGACACUCAAUACAAGGUUGGUUGGUUGUAUCAGCCUUAUUACUCAACAAGUAAUUUAUUAGUGCAGCCCCCUAAGCCCAGAAUUUGCAAGAAAUUAGAUUGGAACUAGAAGGUUUGGGGUGUGAACACAUAGAUUGAAUGAAAUGGAAAACACUCUCCCCUCCAGUGCUAUGCAGACAUUAGUCACCAGAUGUCUCAUUGCCAUGACAAGGCACAAUUAUCAUAGAGAAGGUCUUCGGUCUUGUGACUUAGAUGCUGAAAGAACUUCAGAAGCUCUUUGUAUAGCAGUGUAUGAGGUUCUCCUGCUAGAGGUUUGCCACCAUCUGAGGCAUAGAAAAUAUCCUGUGAUGAACAAGCCAGAGGGACCUGGAAGAGGACUGUAAAACUGUGAAAGCAAAAUUGCUGAGAAUGUUAAAUGAUUUUACAGGGAUCCUUCUUGGCAUUUAGUUGAAGGAAACUUUUUUCCUAAUUUGCUGGGUCAUUGGCCCUUUAGUUUUAAGUUAAUGCAACUCUCUGAUCCUUUUAGGGCCAUUCGUUUUAUGCACUAGUACAUUCCUAUGUUUAAUUGAAAUAAAUUGAGGGAAGGCAGUGUGUUGGAGAGAAUACUGCCUUCAUUGAGAAGGCGAGGUGUCUGAGUCCUGGCCCUGACACUUAAAUUGGCCAGACUUGCACUUUCUCAGCCCCAACCUUACCUACCUCACAAGGUUGUGAGGAUCUAACACACACACACACACACACACACACACAC